GUCCAAAGCUGAUUCAAUAUUGGAUAUUACAUAUGAUGAUGAAAUGAAGGAGUCACACAGUAACACGUACGACGCUGCUGCUGGUGCAUAUUCUCGGGCAUCAACAACCGACGAUGGUGAUGAAAACACAGAUUGUUUGGUCCAAAGUUGUAAUCGUGUCAGUACUCCAGUUGCAUUUUGCUUAGUGGUACUUCCUCUACUUGCAAUGCUUGUAGCUGCGUCAACUUAUUUAGGUGGUUGUAUAAGUACCAUUGAGAAGCAAUUUCAACUUUCGAGUUCGCAAUCUGGACUGAUUGCCACUGUAAACGACAUAGUGAGCUUAUCUACGGUUGUCUUCGUCACCUAUUACGGCUCGAAAUCUUACCGUCCGCGCCUACUCGGUGCUAGUUGUGUUGUCAUCGGAGUUGGCUUAUUUAUUCAUGCAGUGCCGCAUUUUACCGCUAAUCCGGUCGCAUAUAGCCAAAGUAACCACAUGCAGGUUAACGACACUGAAGAAUCUAGCUACUUUAACAACAAUUAUGAGUUAUGCUCUCUAAGGGGUGUAACCGAGGACCGAUGCGCAUCGGGUGGAUCCACCGUAGAACAGCCUUUAAGUGUGUUCUGGCUAGUAAUUGGUCAGAUCUUGAUUGGCAUUGGAGCCGCACCAAUUUUUCCGUUAACCAUCACAUAUCUGGACGACUCGACAGUGGAUUCCACGACAACCGCAAUAUACGUUGGUGGAAUGUUUAUGGCUAUGGGAGUAGGUCCUUUCAUCGGAUUCUUCACGAGUUUUCAGUGUCUUUCUCUGUAUGUGGAUUUCUACCGAGUCGAUGAUGAAAGCACUCCGACCGAUCCCCAUGACUCUCGUUGGAUAGGGGCUUGGUGGCUUGGGUUUGUCUUGGCCGGUGUGGUAAUAGUUAUGCUAUCUAUUCCCUUGUUUUUCUUUCCUCGAAAUCUAAAGAAAUACGAAUGCACAUAUUGUGGCGGAAGGUUGAAAAAUAAAGGGGAAAAUGAAAAAUUCAGUAUUGCCAGUGUAUACAAAACAGACUUUAUGAAAGAUAAACAAAAUGGUGUACGGGCAGGUCUAAAAGGGCUUUUAAGAGGAUUGAAAAGGUUACUCACUAACCCAACACUAGUACUUUUGCAAAUAACUACUGCAUGUGAUUUAGCCAUUCUCGGAGGAUUUGGGGUCUUUGUCGCUAAGUAUGUGGAGAAACAAUAUGCAGUCACAGCAGCCACGGCGUCUAUCAUAAUGG